AUGGCCUUUCUCUGGGUCGUCCUUGGCUUUUUCCUCUUCGGUAGCAGCUCCAGCUGCGGAGUCCCUGCCAUCCACCCCGAGCUGAGUGGCCUGUCCCGGAUCGUCAAUGGGGAGGACGCUGUCCCUAGCUCCUGGCCCGGGCAGGUGUCCUUGCAGGUGAGGGGGAACUUACACUUCUGUGGGGGCUCCCUCAUCAGCCAGCACUGGGUGCUCACUGCCGCCCACUGCAGGGUCAGGAAGAGCCACCGUGUGGUGGCUGGGGUGUCUGAUCAUGGCUCUGAUGACGAGGCUGUCCAGGCGCUGAGGAUCGCGGAGGUUUUUGAACACCCGCUGUGGGACAGGAUUAUGGACAGCAACGACAUCAACCUGCUGUAGCUGGCCACGCGGCCGGCCCCGCUCUCCAGCACCGUGUCCCCCGUGUGUCUGCCCAGCGCCAGCACCAGCUUCCCCGCGGGCUCCGUCUGCGCCACCACGGGCUGCGGCAAGACCCAGUACGGCUCCGCCCACAGCCUCAGCCCGAAUUGCCUCAACCUGCAGCUCCUACCCCAUGGCAUCUGA